AUGAAGACAUCUCUGCCUCGCCUGGUGCGGAACCACCGACCCACCCCAUUCCUCCAAACCCUCCCUCACCCACCAAGAUGGUCCUCCUCCCUCUCCCAACGGCCAGGAGCAGCAGGCGUAACCUUCCCCGGCGCCGUAAACAGCAAGUUCACAUCCGCCCUAACCUUCGAACACCCCUCCACCUACCCCGCCAUCCCCACCUACCGCUGCACCUCUCCCGACGGCCACCUAAUCGACGACACCGUCGCCCCCUGCGCAGACGCCCUCGCGCUCGCCAUGUACGAGAACAUGAUCUCGGUCUCUAUCAUGGACCUGAUCAUGUUCGACGCGCAGCGGCAAGGGCGCCUGAGUUUCUACAUGACGUCUCAGGGCGAGGAAGGCACGUGUGUCGGCUCCGCGAGCGCGCUGGAGAAAGAUGAUGUGGUAUUUUCGCAGUACAGGGAAGCUGGGGUGUUUGUGCAGAGGGGGUAUCAGUUGGGGGAUUUCAUGGCGCAGCUUUUUGCGAAUAGGAGGGAUGGGGGGAAGGGGAGGAAUAUGCCGGUGCAUUAUGGGAGUAAGGAACUUAAUAUCCAUACCAUCUCCUCACCCCUAGCAACACAAAUCCCCCAAGCAGCCGGCGCAGCCUACGCGCUUAAAAUGCAGCGUCUGCAAAACCCAGACCUGCCCCCAAGAGUAGUAGCCUGCUAUUUUGGCGAAGGCGCCGCCAGCGAGGGUGAUUUCCACGCCGCGCUCAACAUAGCCGCCACGCGCUCCUGUCCCGUCAUCUUCAUAUGCCGCAACAACGGCUACGCCAUCUCCACGCCCACACUCGAACAAUACCGCGGCGAUGGAAUCGCCAGCCGCGGAACUGGCUACGGUAUCGAUACCAUCCGCGUAGAUGGGAACGACAUUUUCGCCGUGCGAGAGGCGACGCUGAAGGCGAGAGCGCUGGCUCUCAAAGACGGGGGAAGACCCGUGCUCAUAGAAGCCAUGUCGUACCGUAUCUCGCACCACAGCACCAGCGACGACUCGUUCGCGUACCGUGCGCGCGUGGAGGUCGAAGAUUGGAAGAGAAGGGAUAACCCCAUCACGCGGCUGCACAAGUAUUUAGAGAACAAGGGCCUGUGGGAUGAUGAGCGGGAAGCGGAGGCUAGGACGCGCAUACGGAAGGAUGUGCUGAAGGCGUUUGGGGACGCGGAGAAGGAGUUGAAACCUCCGCUGCGCACGAUGUUCGAGGAUGUGUAUGAGGAGAUGACGCCGGAGAUUAGGGCGCAGAUGGGGGAGUUGAGAGAGGUUUUGGACACUUAUCCGGAUGAGUAUGAUGUGGGGGAGUUUGAGGGAGGGAAAGAUAGUUUGGAGAAAUAA